UUCUUUUUACAAGAAGAAUCCUUCCGGUUCACGCCACUCCAGCAGCUGAUUAUCCAAACAGGUCAUGUCGGAGCUAGGCACAGAACAGUCAGCUAAAGCUCCACCGACCGCGGCGGAGACCCAGCUCCUCCGCCGGCGACAGGAGCUCGACCACUGGAAGAAGAACGCCUCGCGGGUCCGCGGCCGGAACCGGCUCACCGGCCUGGCUAUCGGAGCCUUCGUGGUCGGCUUGUUCAGCUACACCAUCCUGUCCGUCAGACAGGAGAGAAUCAUGGACGAGCUGGACCAAGAAGCCAAGGUCCACAUCGUCAGAGGGCCGCGGACCGGCGCCAACUCGUGACGGUGCCAGCACCUGGACUUCCCGUGCAGUAGACUCAGAGGCUGGACUGGUGUGUGAUGAGUCCCGUCUGCUGAGCGUCUCAUACUACAGACACAUUUCCAUUUCAUCUCCAGUGCAUGGUGCGGCGCGACUCUAUUUUUUUGUUAUUGUUUGGGAUUUCCAUCUGUAAAAAAGCUGUGGAUUAUGGGGCUGGGACCAUGUGGUUUGGUCCCGAUUCCAUACGUUCAAGAUACACAACAGUUUAAUAAUACGCCUAAAGAGACAAUGAAUCA